GCACGAUCGCGUAGCCUCGGUCGUGUUUCCACAGACUCUGAUACAGCUUCCAGUUUCAUCGCGCAUAGACUUAAUUUCUAUAUCUGUGUGUCCAACAAGUCGCCGACUUCGCAACAACACGGUACUUGACCCAGGAUCUUCUCUCUCGCGCUCGUAGCCAUAAAAGUUAUUUUUGAUACAUUCUUUCUGAAUUUUUCGCCACUCAUUCAUAAGAUAAGCUCGAUGUUGUAGUUGAUCUUCAAAGUCCCGCUAGGAGGUCCUUCAAUGUAGGCAAAAGGACGGCAUGAGUGCGCAUUGGGCGUUACCCGGUUCGCAGACGGGCGAUUACGCUGCAGAGCCGAAUGGAUCUUUCUACAAUGGUGAGCAGCGAACGCCCAUGAAACGAGAUGUUGUACCAAGUAAGACAAGCCCAGGCGGGAAGAUGAACAAUCAGAAGUAUCAACAGCAGCGCGACAACUACUACGCACCCGGGCAGCAUCUUCAAGCGGGGACGGCGCGAAGUCAACAACAGCCAGCGCAUGCAUCCAACUACAUAGCAAAUACAUAUCCCGGCGUAGGCAGCAUGAGCGCACCAGUUAGUGCAGGACCUCCAGCAGUCAAGAUGAACCAAAGUCAGAGCAACAGAGACCGUGCGCGAUCACCUAAAAAUCAAGAUGCGACGGCACAGCGACAGACCAACCGCUUCACAUCAGCACUGGCAGAUGCAGCUCCAGCGCAGGAGCCCUACCAGAUUCACCAGGCUCAACCCCGACGCGGCGUCUCCUCCGCAGCUGCGGCACCGCACGCCGCGCCGCAACCCCAAGUCGAGGAAGGGUAUCGCUCAUUUAAGAAUAAUUGGGCACUGCCGGACUCUGCGCAUGACGACUACAGCGCCAUGGCGGAUUUCGUGACAUCCUCCCUGGUAUCAAAUGUAAAAAUGUCUGGGUCUGGAAACUUGUGAUGCUGGGUGGCGUCUCAUGAUCAGGCCACAAAUGCUGGCUCAGCAUGACAAGUUUCUGAGCUUCUAGGUGUUGCCUAUUCUGCAUGACAAACUGCGUUUCUGCAUCACAGAAAAGUGGAGCUCUUGGGUAACGUGCAUGACAGAUUUAAGAGCUAUGCCAGACAAGCAUGACAAACAUGCACUCUUUCAGACCCAGACGCUUUUACAUUUGAUACCUGGAUGGUGCAAUCAUAAAACAGCCUCCGUCGGGGGCCUAUGCAUCAUCCACUGGAGGCGCGACCAAACAGUCGCAACUAGUGGCUGCUGCAUCUUCGCCUGCAAACGCCAAAAAUUCGGACACGGCACGUGGUCCAAAUAUGAACACAAGAAGCUCUGGAACUAUGCGGUCCACCACGGCCUCGAAGCAAACCUACGGAGCGAACCUUCCGAAAGACACCGCCGCUUGGGUUUUGCCACCCUCUGCUCAUGGGGAUUACGGAGCAAUCGCGGACUACGAGGGCAUGGAGAGCGCACAGAACUACAAGGACGCGGCUGGUGAGGCGGAGCCACUUCUUUUGAGCAGCGUAGCGGAUCUGCGCCAAAAUUUUCUGCGGGCGAGCCCGCAAAACGGAUUUUUGAACUGGAAACAGAACCAGGGGCUUGUUGCGCGGAUCAGCGCGGCCCAGGCAAGCGGUCGCUCUCCUUCAUCUGGGGCAUCGGAAGUCGUGCGGCUGAGCGCAGCCAACGCGGAGGAUUUUCUGUUCGACACCUUUGCGCGCCUCUCGGCUGCGGAAACCGAUUUUCAGAAGACGAAGCGAAAGACACGGCACACUGAUACGAAGUUUCGGGAGCAGCUGUUUGCUCCCCCGGACCAGGAUGGACAUCCCGACAAGGAUCCGGAAAACGCCAAUGCCUCCGCGAGCGAGGAACCCUGCUGCCACCGUUUGUGCUGGGGCAAGUGCCAUUGCUGCGUGAACACCAUGUGCUGCCCUGUCGUGAUGCCCUACCACGCCUGCCGCGUGUACUGUUGUCCCACGUUGGGCGCCGUGUGUGGCAGUUGCUGGCUCACGAUAUGUAUCCUGUGCAAAACUAAUUAUAUCAUACUCGCACUGAUAAUUGUCCUCGCAGUCAUACACGGAAGAUGAUGAAAAUGUCUUUCGUAUUAAAAGUAAAAACCGGACACAGCUGUAGUACAUGUUGCACCUUUCUUCGUGGCAUACGAUUCAUACUAAUAGUGCGAUGUUUUUUAUGCUUUUGCGAUGCAUAGGAUGCUGCAGCAGCCGAUGCUGCAAGUACACGGACAGCGAGUUCUUGCCGGCCUCCGUCUCUAUCGGCGCGAACAUUCAGGGCGAUGGCGGUGAGAAACAGCUGAGCGUGGACCCGAAGCAAAUCAAGUGGAUCCGCGCGCCGGAGCUGCCGUCCAGCUUCACCGCCGACGUACUCGAGAAGCGCGACGCGAAAGGCAAAGUAAAGAUAUCCGAUUGAUGCACAGCCCCCUGGCCAUCGUCCCACUCAUGAUUGAUUGAUUCGGAGUGCAUUUAUUUUUCGUCUUCUACUACCAAGAGAAAUCACCUGAGAAGAAAUUGUGCAGGAGUCUUUGCAUGGCAAACCACCUGCUGCGCCCUGAGAGAGGUCCAGCCUGGGCUACAUCGAGUCCACAACUUGUGAUGAAAAGAACACAGCCAAAAGCAAAACGUCCAGACGGCCGGAACAUUAUGCACUACUUGGUUCUCGCCCUAGAUCUCCUGCGUCCGAAGCUGCUUGCGGCGACGGUGCAAAGGUUUUUGAUGUGGUGAAGUCGGGUAUGCAUGACAAAUAACGGGGGGGGAAUGCGAAUGGGGAUUGUGCACUCGGAUAACAGCAGGAGCCGACCGUGAAACUGUUCGGGAACAAGUUAAGUCCGAACACGAUCUGUCAGGGGGCGCUGGGCAACUGCUGGCUGCUCUCCGCCAUGGCGUGCCUUGCGGAGCUAUCACCAGCAAAUAUGUCUGGGUCUGGAACAUUGCAUGUUUGUCAUGCUUGUCUGGCAUGACUCUUAAAUCUGUCAUGCAUGUUACCCAAGAGCCGCAUCUUGCUAUCAUGCAGAGACGCAGUUUGUCAUGCAGUAUAGGCAACGCCUACAAGCUCAAAAGGUUGUCAUGCUCAGCCAGCACUUGUGGCCUCUUCAUGACACGCCACCCAGCAUCACAAGUGUCCAGACCCCGACACUUUUACAAUCCAUAAGAGCACCGCGGCGCGGUUCGCCACAUUUUCGAAACCCAGUUCUUGGACGUGCGGGGCAAGUACUUCGUCACCCUGUAUGACGCUUGCAACAGCCGGGACGUUGCCGGGAACGCGGUCGGCGCCUGGGUGCGGAUAUGCAUUGCAAAUACGUCUAUGUCUGGGUCUGGAAACUUGCCAGGCUUGUCAUACUUUGCGGAGAAGAAGAGCAAAGACAUACAGUUCCACAACCACCUUUUUGUCAUUUUGCAAAACCGCGAUAUUUGUAUGUCAACAGGAACUCCUCUCCGGCAGACUAGCCGCGCAAGCACUUUUGGUGUGUGGGUCCUCUUCAUCGAAGCCUUUUUGUGUUUGUCAACGUCCACACUACGUUUUGUAGACCCAGACCUAGUUGCACUGGAUAGCACAUCUGCAUUGACGACUUCAUCCCUUGCACCAUGCAGCGCCGCGCCGCAGACGGCACCCUGCGCGCCGAGCCGGUCUUCACCCAGUAUCGGAACUACGAGCUGUGGCCACUGCUGCUCGAGAAGGCGUUCGCGAAGUUUUGCGGCAGCUACGCGAAUCUGGAGGGCGGGUCGGCACUCUGGGCGCUGCAGGCCAUGUAUGAGAGUGUACAAAAAUCCACCCCACCUAAUUUGAAGGGCAAGACAAGAGCAGCAGCACAAGAAAUUAUGAAAGAACCAAAAAUCAUGUCGCGUGGUCCGCAUGUGAAAUCCAAAUCUCCACACGGAAUUUUGCCGCACUGUUUGAGGUUCCAAAUAAAUCCCUUAUGCAGGGCUAGCCUAAAGGCAAAACAUGGAUUCGGUAUUUUUGCAUUUUACAAAUCUUUACAAAUGAGGGGUGAAACAGCAUUAUAAAUGAGGGGAAGGGGGAAACAAGAUGCACUCUCAUACUUUGACGGGCGACAAGCCCUACAUGUUCGAGCUGAACGCCCCGGGCACCGUAUCCUGUGUAAGCACGUCCCCACUCCAGAGUCAAGAUGCGACCUUUACUACACAAAUCAGUACGCUUUGACUGUUGCGCAUGACACUUCUGGGUUUACUCUAGUGUAGUCCUGUUUGGCUAGUGAAGCCGCAUUACCAAUGCUGAAUCGAACUCCUUAUCUGAUUAGUGUAGGAUAAAGCACCAGACAGCACAAGGAAAUGCUCCUCAUGGGGUUGCGCAUGGGAAAUAGUUUAGGCAUGCAGAUGUGCAUGAUAAAUCUGGGUCGGGGACGUCGUUUUUACUUAGGAAACACCGGAGAAUGGAAAGGAUUCGAAAUGGUGAACUUCUACCAGCAGUCGCCCGACGAAAACAAGAAGCGCAUGAAGCAAACGUCUCUACGCAUUGCAAAUAUGUCUGGGUCUGUAAGAGUGUAAAAAGUUUGUCAUGCUUGUCUUGCAACAUGGAUGACUGCUACCUCUUGUGUGAUGCCUGAGCAGGAUGAGAGUCUCUUGCCUGUAAUGCAGAAGCACAGUUAUUGCCAUGCAGAAAACGAAACACAUACACAUAGCAGCUCAAGAGCUUGUCAUGCUUGGUUGCGUAUUGCAGUGUGUCCACCCUUCCCAAACCAGCAUCACAAGUCUCCAGACCCAGACAUCUUUGCAUUUGAUGGUCUCCGAGCAAAACCAACUACGGCUUCGUCGCACUCCCGAGGGAUGCGGUGGGGCUAUCCUGUGCAAAAGUAUCGUACUCGUAUAAAUGCGAGCCCUGCAUUACAAAUCUGGUUCCCAAGGCAAAUCUGCAUUACAAAUUUUACUUCUCAUGCUGCGGAAAUUUGUAAUGCAUUUAUACGAGUACGAUACUUUUGCAGUUCAUAGGGGCACAGCCUCAGCAUAUCAGAAUCGAAAUCCUCCCGCCCAGCAAAUCAAUAGAAGUACGCAAAAAAAGAAAAAGUGAGGUUCGUGUAGCAGGAUUUGCCUGGUGCACAACUCACCUGGUUUAUUUGCAAGAAGGCAUUUCCAUUUUGGGCGGAUCCCAAGCCUGUGCAGCAGGUAGAAUGUUCGAAUCCUAGUUGUAGUGUGGUAUACCUGUUGCAACUUCAGUAUGGCUAUUGCGAAGGGGGGGGGAAUCUUUCGCCACGAUACGCCACGCAGGACAUGUGGAACGUGUUGCUGAACUUCCACAACCGCGGCAGCAUUAUUACGGCGGGAGGAGUGCGGGCUGAGGCCUUCGGGUUGCGUAUCCUGAGUAAAAACGUACCCACACCAGAGUCAAGAUGGGGAAUCGGCUAGACAAGUCCACAAGUUUUGGCUGUUUUGCAUGACAAAUUUGGAUUCGUAGUGUAGUGCUGUUUGAGCUAGCUCAGCAGCAUCAGAGAUCUAGCAUACCAUGCUGAUUGGAGCAUGACAAAUUGCAAAACACGACUAGAAAAUGCUUCGCAUGGAGCUCCGCAUGAGAAACAUUUUCAGCAUGCAGAUUUGCGUUACAACUCUGGUGUGGGUACGUUUUUACUCAGGAUAUUGCGUGCAAACCAUGCGUAUUCCGUGCUCGACUUCUACGAGUCCGGGAACAAAAUCCGCCUGGUAUGCAGUGCAAAAGUAUCGUACUCGUAUAAAUGCAUUACAAAUUUCCUCAGCAUGAGAAAUAAAAUUUGUAAUGCGGAUUUAGCUUCAGAAAAAAAUUAGUAAUGCAUGACUGCAAUUACUACGGAGUAGGAGUACGAUACUUUUGCACAGGAUACAUGGUGCUGAUUCGCAAUCCCUGGGGGUCGGGCGAAUGGACCGGCGAUUGGUCCCAGAGCUCGCCAAAAUGGGAUAAGUACCCAAAAGCCAAGGAGAAAUGCUUCAUGAAACAAGGUACUUACCUACUUACAACUUGGACUUGUUUCGUUCAGACUCCUGCUAGAGGUACUAUUAAGUAAGUACCUACUCCAGUCGGACAUGUUUGAUGCACUGCUCGUCUUGAACAAAGCAACCACUGCAACUACGGGGUCGACGCGAUCUUCAUCGCUAGAAGUAGCAAGCUUCUUUCGUGCUGCGCCUUGGUGUUGGUAAAAGGUAUCGAAGAUCCGCAGUAAAGAAGUAAACACAAGUAGUACAACGCUGCAGGGGGAUGAUCGUCAAAUUAAAUUUCCAAAUAAAAUUCAAUUGUUUCCAUAAUUUUUUCGUAGAAAGUUGAAAAGAAAUCGUCGACCAUGCUGAUGCUGCCAGCCUAGGAAACUUCACACGACAUCACACAGGCGAGGGCAAGUUUUGGAUGAGUUGGACAGACUUUUGCGCGCACUGGUCCCGGCUGCAGGUCUAUCAAAUGUAAAAGUGUCUGGGUCUGGAAGAUUCUGAGACUUGUCAUGCAUGUUUUGCAUGACCCAGGACGACUAUAAUGCACGCCCUAGCAUCACAGAUUUUCAGAGGGCUUCCGGAUGCCUACUCCGCAUGACAAACGCCCUCCUCGCGUAGCACAAACUACACUCCUCUUGCUGGUCAUGCAAUACAGAGUUUCUUAGAGUCCGAAGUUAGCAUCACAAGUUCCAACCUUCCAGACCCAGACACUUUUGCAUUUGAUAAGGUCUUGGAGCGGUCCGUGAGUAUGGACAAUUUGUACCUCGAGGUGCAGGAGGGGAACUGCUGCGGACCCUGCAUUGGGUGCGCCCGCGGCUGUGCCGGUUUCUUCUGCUGCUGCCGGGGGGUGGAGCGUCUGUACUAUCCACGCACUGCCAACGAGGGCAUUCAGGUCCACCGAGACUGUACGUGCUGCUGCUUGCGCUGCGCGAAGCCUUGUUGGGCCAAGUUCGGAUGCUGGUACCCCGAAGAAAAAUCCACCCUCUCCCCAUGUUUAUUAUUGGUAAAACAAGGAAUCAAGUUAACUGGAAUCAAGUUAGACCUGGAAUCAGGUUAUAUGGAAUCAAGUUAAACCCGGAAUCAAGUUACAUGGAAUCAAGUUACUACCUGGAAUCUAUCAAGUGGUGGAAUGGAAUCAAGUAAACCACCACAACUUCAUCCCCAUCAGUCCUUCGCCUCGCAAUGCCUCCCCUUGGAAGAAUCUAGCUGCUGCGCUUUUUGUGUUUUGUGGCUGCCACACCCUCGCGCCUAAAGUUCUCCGCUAUUUUUUUUGAAAGGCGGCCACGUUCAUCAAAGGCGUCUGGCUUUUCUUCCUCCGGUCGAUAGAGACGAGGCGAGUAAUGUUAUAGCUAAGCUUCGCGCGCCCGUUUUGUUUUACGGCUCUUUGCCGAAAGUUUUCAAGGCUUUCGCUUUGCGAAGUUCCCGGGAUUCCAUUUGUGUCUCCUUCCCUCGGAAGGGGUGUGUCUCUGGGAAUUCCGUCUUCAUUUCGCCUUCCCUCGGGAGACCCAUUGCUCAUGGGACUCCGUUUCCACUUCGCAUUCCUGGGGAUGGUGUCAGUCUCGGGGGAUUCCGUUUUUCCUUCCUGCGAAAGGUGUCUCGGGGGCCGCCAUUUCGCCGCCCUUGCACUCUGGUAGGUCUCUCCCUGGCGGAAGGACCGCUGCUUGAUUGCCUCUUGGGGGAGUGUGAGUUGUUUAUUUCCUGGCUGGCGCGAAGCUUUCGCCAUCGACUCCAGAUUGAUGAAUGGCCCGAGCUUAUUGACACCUCCUGCGCGACGUGGGUGGUUCGGGGUUUUUCUGUGCCCGGGCUCGCCGAGGCGUUUUGGAUUCGGCUUCGGAGCGCGCAGGUUUGCGGCUGUCCGGGGCUGUGCGCGUGUGCUUACAGCUUUUGCGCCGGGGGCCCCGAAUGCCCCAACAAGGCUUCGCGAAUCCUUGUUGGUACAACAAGGCUUGGUGCAACAAGGCUUGGCGCAUGCCAGGACUGUCGUCCUGGCAUGCGCGAAUCCUUGUUGGUACCCCGAAGAAAAAUCCACCCCCUCCCCAUAUUUAUUAUUUUUCCUGCUAGGACCACAUGUAUAUAUAACCUUGCUCAUGCCGAGCAGCUCUACUCUGCUCGCCACACAGCACGCUAGAAGGAAUCUGCGUACCGUGAAGACUUGCUGCAUCACUGAGCAGGUUCUCAUCGAUCUGCACAAGAAGACUGCAACGGCAUCAUUCAACAUGGAGACCGCGGGGGAUUUUUCUUCACGAUAGUUGGGUCUUCUGGUUCCUCAUAGUCCCUGCCUUGGUCCUGGUCAUCGUUUUAGCAGCCACCGGCCAUCUCACAGGGAAAAAAUAA